AUGCAGCAGCUCCCCUCGCCGACGGCGUUCGCCUCCCUGGAAGAGCGAAUCGCGCAUCUGAACUGGAGGAAAAUCUGCAACGAGCGGCAGAUUCAAGGCACGCUUCGCUUCAGCAAGCAACUCCAGGAAAGAGACGAGUUCAUCCGAGCUGCGAAAAGUGACACCAAGGCCCACCGCGAGCGCAUGCAGCAAGUGAUCAAGGACGAGUUCAUCAAGCCGCUUCCUGUAACGACCCAAUUUUACGAGGAGCUCACGGCACUGCAGCGUGAAGACGAGCAAAAAGCGCAGAAUGUGGCUGAGAAGCACAUAACGCAGCUUCACAAUAUCCAGGCGAAGCUUGACGCACGCGAGGCUCAAUUGAUGCGCAAGAAAGAGUUCGAACGGAAGAAAAAGGAGCUCUUUGCCGGUAGCUAG